AUGGAUACCCUAUACCCGAAUCUGCACGAGAGAUUCAAAAGCGAGGGUCUCUGCCCUAUUUGCCUGUUGGAAAUGGAAUUAGCACCCAGAUACACUUGCACAAACGGACACACGAUUUGUUAUCGUUGUAAACCGUACUAUUAUGGCUGUCCCACCUGCCAGGCACCGUUAGAUAUGGAAACACCAUCCUCUCAUCCGAAUCCACCUUAUCCGCCACCGCCUUCUCAUUUCUUGCCUCAUCGUCUACCACCGAAAUUCCACGAACAUCAUCCGACAGCACCGAUAGAUUUCCAUGAACACGAGAGAAACUGGUUCCCACCCCGACCCAAUGAAGACCAAGAAUUAAGGUCUUGCUCGUACGCUCAUUUGGGAUGCUGGGUCAAAGUGCCCAUUCACUUGGCAGACCUUCAUGAGUCACGAUGUCAAUUUCGACCCCACCUGGAGGAGGAGCACCUUCCAACGGAUCUGGUGCAUAAACACGACGAUUUGGUCGAGUGCAGAUAUCGAUCGGUUGGUUGCAACGUGAGAACAACACCCUGGAGGACUUCGAUCCACGAGAAAUAUUGCAUAUACAAGGAUCGUUCCGAGGGUUUGAGCGAAAUUACCGAAGGACUAGAACAAACGUCGAUCACAGACCAAUAUGGAGACCCCGAGGAAUUGGUGGAAUGUAAAUACAGGAAACACGGUUGCAUGGUGAACAUGCCGAGAAGGAGGAAAAGGAUGCAUCAAGAAAAAUGUAACUACAGAAAAUACGAUAGUCAGGAGGAUGGAUCCUCGUCUGAAAGCGAGUACGAUCCUAAUGAGCAAGUAUCCUGCAAAUGGACGGAAUAUGGAUGUAGAGUGAGACCGAAGAGGAGCCGCUUGGAAGCGCACGAGGAAAAAUGCAACUACAGGAUGGAGGAAUGCGCUUUCAAGCAUAACGGAUGCGAAGCUUUGUUUCAUCCGUCCAGGAAGUUUGCGCACGAGCGGGGCUGUCAAUACGCUGAUUAAAUUUCGUCUGAAAUUAAAUAUAUUUUGUGCGAGAGUAUAUGUACGAGUGAGCUAACACUAUUUUUUAACGCGGUUUUAAGAGGAAAUUUGGUCGAUGGUGAAAUUGGUCAAGUUUGCAAUUCAAGCAUUAAUAUUGAAGUUUUUGUUUCCAUGUUUCAGAAUUGCUAAGUUUCUCAAUUUCUAUG